GGUCCUGGGGCCUUCCUCGCCCUGCUCUUCCUCCUCUUCGGUGUCGGCAGCACCCGCCAGCCCCAACGAGCCCUUUCCGGAAGCGGGUGUUGGGGAGGAGUGGUUUCAACCACCGGUGCCAGCCCGUGGGACACACACCCACGGGGACAAUCCCUCCCCACCGAAGACACCCCCAAGGCAAGGAGCAGGGGGCAAAGGCAGCUCCCACCAAGGGAAGGGAUGCUCAGCUCCUGGUAGCACUCCGGGUGUGCUGAAGAUGUCGGCCAUCCCUGAGGCGCUGGGUCGCCCACGGAGCAGCUCGUCCCGCAGCCUAGCUGGGACCUUGGAGGCCACCCUGGGCAUGGGGCCGUUGGAGAUGGACAAGGAGGAGAUGCGCAUCCUCAAGGUGUGCUUCUACAGCAACAGCUUCAACAUGGGAAAGAACUUCAAGCUGGUGAAGUGUCCCGUGACAACAGAGAUCCGGGAGGUGAUCAGGUCCAUCCUGGUGAGUGGCCGCAUUGGGCCUGACAUCAAGUUGGCUGAGUGCUACGGGCUCCGCCUGAAGCAUGUGAAGUCGGAUGAGAUCCACUGGCUGCACCCGGACCUGACGGUUGGUGAAGUGCAGGAGAAGUAUGAGUGCUUGCACCUGGAAGCUGAGUGGAGGUAUGAUCUCCAGAUCCGCUAUCUGCCAGAGGAUUUCAUUGAACGCUUCAAAGAGGACAGGACCACCUUGCUCUACUUCUACCAACAGCUCCGCAGCGAGUACAUGCAGAAUUACGCCAGCAAGGUGAGCGAGGGCAUGGCCCUGCAGCUGGGCUGCCUGGAGCUCAGGAGGUUUUAUAAGGAUAUGCCUCACAAUGCGCUGGAUAAGAAGUCCAACUUCGAAUUCCUGGAGAAGGAGGUGGGCCUGGACCUCUUCUUCCCCAGCCAGAUGCAAGAGAACCUGAAGCCCAAGCAGUUCCGGAAGAUGAUCCAGCAGACGUUCCAGCAGUAUGCGCUGCUGCGGGAGGAGGAGUGCAUCCUCAAGUUCCUGCACACCCUUGCCACCUUUGCCAACAUCGACCAGGAGAGCUACCGCUGCGAGCUCAUCCAAGGGUGGAACAUCACGGUGGAUCUGGUCAUUGGACCCAAGGGCAUCCGGCAGAUGACGAGCAAAGAGGCCAAGCCCACAUGCUUGGCUGAAUUCCAGCACAUCAAGUCCAUCAAGUGCUCCAGCGUGGAGGAGGGCCGGGCUGUGCUGCAGCUGGGGCUCAGUGGUACCCCACAGUCCCUGGCUAUCAAGACAGCUUCUCUGGCUGAAGCAGAGAAUAUGGCCGACCUCAUAGAUGGCUACUGCCGCUUGCAAGGGGACCUGGAAACCUCCCUCAUUGUCUUCCCCAGUAGAGAGCGUGAGAAGAGGAUCAGCCUCCCACAGAUCCCAGCCCCGCACCUGGAGGAGAGGCAGUCAACGCUGUCUGACAGCAUCAGUGUGGAAUCUGAAAUUUAUGCUGAAAUCCCUGACGAAUCCUCAAGACCGAGAUCUGGAGUCCAGCACUACGGGAUCUCCCGGGAGGAUGUCACGUUGGGGAGGAUCCUGGGGGAAGGCUUCUUCGGAGAGGUCUAUGAGGGGAUCUACACCACCCCGAAAGGGGAACGGGUCAAUGUGGCUGUGAAGACCUGCAAGAAGGACUGCAGCCCGGAGAACAAGGACAAGUUCCUAAGUGAAGCGGUGCUGAUGAAGAAGCUGGACCACCCCCAUAUCGUGAAGCUCAUCGGCAUUGCGGAAGAGGAGCCUACCUGGAUCAUCAUGGAGCUCUAUCCCUACGGGGAGCUGGGGCAAUACCUGGAGCAGAACAAGCACUGUCUCCCUGUGCCCACGCUCAUCCUCUAUGCCCUGCAGAUCAGCAAAGCCCUGGCCUACCUGGAGGCCAUCAACUGCGUACACAGGGAUAUUGCCGUGAGGAAUGUCCUGGUGGCCUCUCCAGAAUGUGUAAAACUGGGUGACUUCGGGCUCUCCAGGUACAUCGAGGAUGAGGAAUACUAUAAAGCAUCCAUCACCCGUCUCCCCAUCAAGUGGAUGUCACCUGAGUCCAUCAACUUCCGCCGCUUCACAACAGCCAGUGAUGUCUGGAUGUUUGCUGUGUGCAUGUGGGAGAUCCUAAGCUAUGGCAAGCAACCCUUCUUCUGGCUGGAGAACAAGGAUGUGAUCGGUGUGCUGGAGAGAGGCGACCGCCUGCCCAAACCCGACCUCUGCCCACCUGUCCUCUACACCCUCAUGACCCGGUGCUGGGACUACGACCCCAGUGAAAGGCCCAAGUUCAAGGACUUGGUCUGCAGCUUGAGUGACAUUUACCUGAUGGAGAAGGAGUUGGCCAAGGAGCAGGAGAGGAACAACCGCCACCGGCCUCCCAAGAUCAUGGAGCCACCGUCUUUCCAGGAACCACCUCCAAAGCCCAGCAGACCUAGGUACAAGCCACCACCUCAAAACAACCUCCUGGCUCCCAAGCUGCAAUUCCAGGUGCCCGAGGGCCUGUGUGCCAGCUCACCUACGCUCACCAGCCCCAUGGAAUACCAGUCUCCAGCCAACUCCCUGCACACCCCACCACCCAACCGCCACAACGUCUUCAAGCGUCACAGCAUGAGGGAGGAAGAUUUCCUCCGUCCCAGCAGCAAGGAGGAGGCACAGAAGCUGUGGGAGCUUGAGAGGCUCAAGAUGAGGCAGGUCCUGGACAAGCAGCAGAAGCAGAUGGUAGAAGACUACCAGUGGCUACGGCAAGAGGAGAAGUCUCUGGACCCAACAGUGUUUAUGAACAACAACAUUCCUCCGCUGCUCCCAGAGAAGGAGACGGAUUACAAUGGCAUAGCGGAGUUCACAGGUCCGCCCCAGAAGCCUCCAAGACUUGGAGCACAGCUGUCCAUCCACCCGACACCCACUGCCAACCUGGACCGCACAGAUGACCCCGUGUACAGCAACGUCAUGGACCUGGUGAGGGCUGUGCUGCAGCUGAAGAACGAGAUCAGCCUCCUGCCCCCAGAGGGAUACAUCCUUGUGGUGAAGAAUGUGGGCCUGUCCCUGCGGAAGCUCAUCGGCAGCGUCGACGAGAUCCUGCCCAUCCUACCCGCUGCCUCCCGCACUGAGAUCGAGGGGACCCAGAAGCUACUCAACAAGGACUUGGCUGAGCUCAUCAACAAGAUGCGCCUGGCACAGCAGAACGCCAUCACCUCGCUGAGUGAGGAGUGCAAGCGCCAGAUGCUGACGGCCUCCCACACCCUGGCCGUGGAUGCCAAGAACCUCCUGGAUGCCGUGGACCAAGCCAAGGUCCAGGCUAACCUGGUGAAGCUGUGCUUGGAGUGAAGGCAGGAAGAAGGGGUGGGGAAGGAGAGAAGAGGAAAGGGCCCACCGUGCCUUGGUGGGUGGAGAUAGGAGGAGAGCUUUGAGGAGGAGUUGGCUUUUGUGUGUCUCCCAUGGCCUUGCCGUCCUGCCCUCCCCGUCUCCCGUCCUCCUGCAGCCGCUCGUGUCUUUAGCAUCGUCUUGUCGGUCUUCUGAAGAGGAGAGGGGAGGCAUCUGGUGGCUUAUCCCUGGAAAGGGCUAGGGGAGGACCUGGCUGUCUCUGGAGGUCCCUCUGGCUCCUCCCCAGCUGCCAGCAAGUCUGUCCCUCAGCCCCUCCGAGGACAGACGGCCGCGGGCGGCAUGUCAUGACAGGGCCCUAGGCCCCAUGGACCCAGGGAGGGCACAGGGGAGCUGGCAACCUGGAGGGUGGGCAGCAGGGGUUCCUCAGGGGCCAGCAGAGCCGUGGCCCGAGGGACUGUUCAGCAUUUCCUUGUACAUUGUACAGAAGAGUUUAUUUAAUGAGGGGCAGUGGGGCCGUGUGCCGCGGCGGGGCCGGACCCAGCGCCCCUGGCCUGAGCCUGCAGAGCACAGGGGGAGGGAUGGGACCCCACUGACACAAACCAGGAGGAAUGGUGCCUCUUCCAGCUGAGUUUUCUCCGAGCUGCUCUGUGUAAGCAAACGAUGACAAACCGAGUCUAUGUUGGGUUUGUGCUUUUGAGUUGGAAACCGUUACGGUUUGGGCUUUUCCCCAGCAUCUUCCCACAUUGCUGCUCGUUCUGGCUGAGAUAAAACCAUGC